AUGAUGCAAAACUGCUUAGACGCCAUGUCGCUUUGUAAGUGGUUUGGAUAUCCUGAUUUUUUCAUAACCUUUACAUGCAAUCCAAAAUGGCCAGAAGUUCGAAGAUUUCUUAAAGACACUACGCUUAAUCCAGAGGAUAGACCUGAUAUCCUAUGUAGGUUAUUUAAGAUCAAACUUGAGGCAUUGAUUAAAGACCUACGUGAGAAUGCAGUAUUUGGCAUGGUUCAAGCAGUUGUGUAUACAAUUGAGUUUCAAAAGCGCGGUUUGCCUCAUAGUCAUAUUUGUCUAUUCAUGCAACCUGAUUACAAGCUUCCUACCGUGGAACACAUUCAUCAAUUUAUUUCAGCUGAGAUUCCCAACAUUCACCAAGAUCCUGCUUUGUAUUCACUUGUGAAGGAGUUCAUGAUACAUGGUCCAUAUGGUGCUCAAAAUGUUAAUUGCCCUUGCAUGGUGGAUAACAAAUGCUCUAAAAACUUCCCAAAGAAUUUCUUUGAACAUACUUCAAUUGAUCAUAAUGGUUUUCUUGUAUAUAGGAGAAAAAACGAUGGAUCGUUUGUCGAAAAAUCUGGUGUCCAGUUAGAUAACAGAAAUGUUGUUCCAUACAACAAAUACCUAUUGAAAAGAUACCAAACACAUAUAAAUGUUGAAUGGUGCAAUCAGGGAUCAUCCAUCAAGUAUUUAUUCAAAUAUAUCAAUAAAGGUCCCGAUAGAGCUACUGUUGCUUUUGUACAAAACAACAAUGACUGUGAUAAAGAUGAUACAGUCGAUGAGAUAAAAGAAUACUGUGAUUGUAGAUAUCUUUCUGCAUGUGAAGCAUUCUGGCGAAUUUAUGGAUGUGAUGUUCAUUACAUACAUCCUUCAGUGAUGAGACUUCCUUUUCAUCUUCCUAAUCAACAACAAGUUGUCUACGGCGCAAAUGAUGAUAUCGAUAAUGUUCUUAACCAGUCUUCAGUUGCUUCUUCAAUGUUCACAUCUUGGAUGGAGCGCAAUAAGGUUUACAAACAAGCAAAAAAACUAACUUAUGUUGAAUUUCCAACAAAGUUUGUUUGGAAGCUUGAUUCAAAAACUUGGAAGCCAAGGGAGGUUGGAUAUUCGAUUGGCAGAAUUCAUUCAGUGUCACCUAAUCUUGGCGAAACAUAUUUCUUAAGAAUUCUUUUAAACAAAGUGAAAGGACCAAGAUCAUUUGAAGAAAUCCGCAUGGUUAAUGGUGAAAUAUGUCCUUCAUUUAGAGAUGCAUGUUAUGCUCUCGGCCUCUUAGAUGAUGAUAAAGAAUACAUCGAAGCUAUUAAGGAGGCAAGUUUAUCACUUAAUGAAGAUCAAAUUAAGAACCUGACUUUGUUUGAUAUUGAACAAAUUUUACUUUGUAACAAUUCAAGUCUCAAAAAAUUUACAAGGAUGCCUUUGCCCGAUGAUGAUUCUGUAUCCUCUUCAAACAAUCGUCUUAUCAGUGAGGAGCUAGAUUAUGACAUGCCAUAUUUGAAGAAGAAGUUUGAUCGACUUUCUAUUGCAUUAACAUCUGAGCAACGAAACAUUUUUGAUGAUAUCAUGACUGCAAUAAAGAAUAAUGAAGGAGGUGUUUUCUUUGUCUACGGUUAUGGUGGAACAGGUAAAACCUAUCUUUGGAAGACAUUAUCUACCGCAGUUAGAUGUAAUGCUCAAAUUGUUUUAAAUGUUGCAUCAAGUGGGAUUGCUUCUUUAUUAUUGACCGAUGGCAGGACGGCACAUUCACGGUUUAUAAUUCCUUUGGUUCUUACUGAGGUUCAUUAA